AUGGACAAGAUCCUGGAGGGGCUGGUGAGCUCGUCGCACCCGCUGCCGCUGAAGCGGGUGAUCGUGCGGCGGGUGGUGGAGUCGGCGGAGACGCCGCUGAGCCAGGCGCAGUGCCGCGCCAUGUUCGCCCUCAGCACCCGGCUGGUGCUGCAGGGCCCCGACCCCUUCCAGCGGCAGGUGGGGCGGCAGGUGCUGGAGGCCUACGGCCGCUACCACCGCGCCGAGUUCGAGGCCUUCUUCAACCGCGGGCUCGUCCUCGGCCUCCUGCAGCGCGGCUACGGCGAGCUGAGCAACCGCGACCCCGCCAUCCUCGACUACAUCCAGGCGGGGCUGCGCCUCAUCAUGAGCUGCCCCUCGGUGCUGGAGCUCUUCGAGCUGCUGCAGGUGGAGGCGCUGCGGCUGGUGUGCGAGCGGCCGGCGCCGCCGCUCUGCGCCCGCCUCUGCCAGCUGCUGGGCGACUUCCCGCAGUGCCUGCCCCGCGGCAGGAAGCUCUCGCUCGCCUUCUGCCAGCAGCUGGUCCGCAGCAUCGCCCACUUCCAGAGCCAGGGCACCCGGGAGGCCGAGCUGCGCCUCUACGUCUCGCAGGUGACGCAGGUCAGCGGGCUGCUGCGGAGCGUCUGGAAGGCCGAGCCCGACACGCUGCUGCCCUCCUUGCAGGAGCUCUUCGCCGUCAUCUCCGCCGCCGAUACUUCAUUCGAACCUUCUGUUGCACUGGCAAGUCUUGUGCAGCACAUACCAUUACAGAUGAUUACAGUACUCAUCAGGAGCCUUACUACAGAUCCAAAUGUGAAAGAUGCAAGUAUGACUCAAGCUCUGUGCAGAAUGAUUGACUGGUUGUCCUGGCCUCUGGCUCAGCAUGUGGAAACAUGGGUGAUUGCACUGCUGAAAGGACUGGCUGCAGUCCAGAAAUUUACCAUCCUCAUUGAUGUCACUCUGCUUAAGAUUGAAUUGGUCUUUAAUCGACUUUGGUUUCCUCUAGUGAGGCCUGGUGCCCUUGCUGUCCUUUCCCACAUGUUACUUAGUUUUCAGCAUUCUCCAGAAGCUUUUCAUUUGAUUGUCCCACAUGUGGUGAGUUUGGUUCAGUCCUUCAAAAGAGAUGGCUUACCUUCCAGUACAGCCUUUUUGAUGCAGUUGACUGAGUUGAUACACUGUAUGAUGUAUCAUUAUUCAGGAUUUCCAGAGCUCUAUGAACCCAUUCUGGAGGCUGUUAAGGAUAUGCCCAAACCCACUGAAGAGAAGAUUAAGUUGAUUCUCAGUCAGAGUGCCUGGACUUCUCAAUCCAGUUCUUUGCCAUCUUGUUUAUCUAGACUUUCUGGAAAAUCUGAAACUGGGAAGACAGGUCUAAUUAAUCUAGGAAAUACUUGCUACAUGAACAGUGUUAUUCAGGCACUUUUUAUGGCUACAGAUUUCAGAAGACAUGUUUUAUCUCUGAAUUUAAAUGGGUGUAAUUCACUAAUGAGAAAAUUACAGCAUCUUUUUGCGUUUUUGGCCCAUACCCAGAGGGAGGCAUAUGCUCCUAGAAUUUUCUUUGAGGCUUCCAGACCACCAUGGUUCACCCCUCGAUCCCAGCAGGAUUGCUCAGAAUAUCUCAGAUUCCUGCUAGACAGGCUGCAUGAAGAAGAGAGAACCUUGAAAGCAUUGUCUUCAGCAAAGACUUCUGAAAGUAUAACGAAUGAAGAGUCCCAGACACAAGAAGCUAUCCAUAAAGCACAAGUAUUUGCUGAAGCACCUUGUAUGGGAAGUGAAGAAAGAACUCUGAUAGAGAAGAUGUUUGGAGGAAAAUUGAAGACUACUAUAUGCUGUUUGAACUGCAAAAGUAUGUCUCAAAAGGAAGAAGCUUUCACAGAUCUCUCUCUGGCUUUCUGUCCUCCAACUUCCUUGGAGAAUGUUGGCCCAAAAUGUAUGGAACGUUCUGAAGUGAAAGAUGACUACAUGGUGCAAACUAAUACUUUAGCAACUAGUCCUACUGGAGAAACACCUCUGAAUAAUUUGGAAGUAAAUGGUGGAUGUGACACAAUAAUGAAUGAAGGAACCAUAAAAGAUUUUUCUGCUGAGCCAAACUCUGAGAAUACCACAAAUUCUGAACUCCACAAAGUUCAAGAUAAUAGGGAUAUGUCUCAGAGGCUAGUAGGUAAAAACACCCUGUCAGUUACAGACUUACUGAAUUAUUUUCUGGCACCUGAGAUCCUCAGUGGAGACAAUAAGUAUUAUUGUGAAAAGUGUGCCUCUCUACAGAAUGCUGAGAAAACUAUGCAAAUCAUUGAGGAACCUGAAUACCUCAUUCUCACUCUUUUGAGAUUUUCAUAUGAUCCAAAGUGUCAUAUAAGGCGCAAAAUCUUGGACAAUGUGUCUCUGCCCCUUGUUUUGGAACUGCCAGUCAAAAGAGCAACAUCCCCUCUAGCUGUAGUUUCAGGAGGUUGGUCUAUUGGUGUUGAGAUGUCUGAUAUUGGAGAAAAUCUUGCUAAAAAACUGAAGCCCUCAGGUGCUGAUGAAGUGACCUGCCCACAAUUGGUGCCCUACCUGUUAAGCUCUGUGGUGGUGCAUUCUGGUGUAUCCUCUGAAAGUGGACAUUAUUAUUCAUAUGCUAGAAAUGUUACUGGGUCAGGGCCUUCAGGACUCUGCCACCAGUCUACAGCUCUUUCUUUAGUUUCUCCUCAGGAUAAGUUGUUGACAGAGGAGAGUCCUUGUACUGUUGUAGAAAAUGAGCUGGACACUGAGAUGCCAAGAGAAUGGUUUCUGUUCAAUGACAGCAGAGUGACAUUUACCUCAUUUCAGUCAGUCCAGAAAAUUACCAGUAGAUUUCCAAAGGACACUGCUUAUGUUCUGUUUUACAAAAAACGAAAUAGCACCUGUGGCUUCAACACCAGUUCGGCAAAUGGACUCUGGGUAAAUGGAGACCCUCCCCUACAAAAAGACCUCAUGGAUGCAAUUACGAAAGAUAACAAACUGUACUUGCAGGAGCAAGAGCUUAGUGCUCGAACACAAGCACUUCAAGCUGCCUCAGCCUCGUGCUCUUUCCGACCCAAUGGAUUUGAUGACAAUGACCCCCCGGGAAGUUGUGGACCGACAGGUGGAGGAGGAGGGGGUGGGUUCAGUACUGUUGGUAGAUUAGUCUUUUGACUAUGAAGACAACCUGGAAUACACUGGUUCCAAAGCAGCCCAGUACUGCUGAGGACAACUAAAAUAUUGAACUUUGGCAGAUAUUGUACCAAGUUUUGAGACUUGAUCCUUGUUCAAAAGCAAAUGUUGGGGUUUUUUUGGUUAUGUUUUAUUUGAAAUAAAUAAGUGCAUAAUGGAAAAAAAACUACCUCUUAAAAAUUCAGUUGCUUUUAUAGUACGAUAUGCUUGCCCAACAGACAGAAAAUGGAGAUUUUUUAAGUAGUUGCAAAUGACACUGCAUUAAACUGAACAAACGCA